AAUAAGGAGCUGCUGAGAGCAGCUUAAAACAACAACGGUUGGAGAUUCUGAACUUGCACUUUGUGUGAGCUUAGAAGCAAGACAACAACAACAACUUAAGGCAUAGUUUGGGUGUUUCAGUUUUUGGCUUGCCAUAUCUGGUACUCCCCGCAGGCCUAGAGAUCCUCAAAUCUUGGUCGUCAAAACAACCACCGAACUGUUCUCAACCGAGUACACGUGCUUCCUAUCAUUCCUUGCCCCCUUUGCUUUUUUUUUUUUUUUUUCCUUUUUAUUUAUAAAAAACCACCCUUUAAGUUUUAAUUACUCUAUUUUAUUUUUCUUCCAUGCAUGGAGUUCUCUUUCAACUACAACACAACCAACAAGAGAGAACCAAGGAGAUAGAUAUAUAGAGAGAAAAUAGAGAGAAAAAAGAGAGAGAGUGAUGGUUAGUUCUAAUUCUUCUUCUUCGGGGGCAUAUUCAGCAGUAUAGCAAUAACAACAACAGCCCAUCUCUCAAAAUUCGAUUUUUUCCAUCGCAAACCCGUUAAUUUUGUUUGCUUGGGAAACCGAAAUUAAAGGGUCUCUCUUACUCUCACUAUCUUCUCUUCUCUCUUGUUAUGCCUUUUUUUUUUCUUUUGUGGUGGGUCUGAUCCUUUCUUUGUACUUAUGGAACUGUCACAUCUGAACGCUUUCUUUGAUUCUCUCUCUCUGAUCACCACCUGGGUUAAAAAGCAAGAAGCUUCGUGAUCUGUUUUUCUGAACUUGAUCUGAAUUUGUCUCUUACCUCAUCACCUCUUUUUUUCUCUCUCUCUCUCUCUACCUUCAACCGUUUUGUUUUGUGUGUUCACAAUUCACAUGAUCAUGGAAUGUGCAUACACACAACACAGUACUUGCUGAUUUUGAGAUUUGUUCUCGUUAUUUGUUACUCUCAUGAUGAUGUCGUAUCAAUCAAUGGAGGAGACGAGGAAGUUUGUGUGCAAGUAUUGCAGCAAGAGGUUCCCUUGUGGUAAGUCUCUGGGUGGCCACAUCAGAACUCACAUGAUGAGUAGUGAGCAUCAUCAUUCAGCUUUAGCCAACAAUGAAGAGAGGAACAACAACAACAACAAUGCUGCUAAUGCUAUGUUCAAGUUUGAUGGUGGGAGAAAGAAGAAGAGGGAUUUGGGGUCUGAAGAAAAUGGGAACAACAACAAUUAUGGUCUCAGAGAGAACCCCAAGAAGACCACUAGGUUUGUGCACUCCAAUGCCACUUUGCAACUUGACAAGUUCUGCAAAGAAUGUGGGAAGGGUUUCCCAUCACUGAAGGCUCUUUGUGGCCACAUGGCUUGUCACUCUGAAAAGGACAAGGGAGGUUUUGCUACUGAGAAGCAGAAAUUGGUUAUGGAUAGUCAAUCUGACACCGAAACUUCUUCUGCUCCUAGGAGGUCCAAGAGAAUGAAGUCCAAAACCCUUAGCAGCAGCAACAACAACAACAACAACCAACCUCAAUCUUCUUCUGUGUCAGAGGUUGAGCAGGAGCAAGAAGAGCUGGCUAGGUGCUUGAUGAUGUUGUCUAAAGAUUCUAGCUACAAGGGUCGUUUUGCUUUGCUUACAGAGUCUUCUGACAACAACUCGGUUGUAAUUACAAAGUCACCUUCUCUUGAAACCAAGGUUACUACUAUGAUGAAUGUUUAUGGCAAGAAUUCUAUGGAGAGGAAGCUGGAGUUGGAGCAGCACAAGGACUUGAAGUUUAAGUCUGUUGAAGUUGGCUAUGAUUCAGACAAUUCAGAUUCUGGGUAUUUCAGAUAUGGUCCUAAGUCGGAUGAAUCAAAUGAUGAGUUUUUCAGGAAUGAGGUAAAGUCUUCGAAAGUUGGGUACUUGAAUGGUUUUGAUCAGGAGUAUGAUGUUGUUGAAUCGAGGAAGGUGCUGAGCAGGGGAAGAAGCAGGAGCAGUGAAUUUAAGAAAUUUGUUUUGGAGGAUUGGGAGAGUUAUGAUAGAGAGGAUGGUGAUGUGGCUGCAAGGAAAUUUGGUUCAAAGAAAUUCAAGAAGUCCAACUACGAUGAUGAUUCUCUUGGUCAAAACUUAGGUGGGGUUUCUACUAGGAAGUAUGAGUGCUUGACUAGUGAAAGGUACAAUGGUUGUUCUGAUGAUUCUGCUUAUGAGAGUGAUGAGAACAGCACAGACACUGAUUCUUAUCCUGCUCCAAAGGCUCAUCAUAGCAACAGGAACAACCUCAGUGGCAAUAAGGGGAAGAAGAAGUUGAAGUCAAAGAAAAGCAAGGCACAUGAGUGUCCAAUUUGCAACAAGAUUUUCAGGUCAGGCCAAGCUUUGGGGGGUCACAAAAGAUCCCAUUUUAUUGGAGGUUCUGAGGAAAACACACUUGUGAUAAGGCCAAGUGCUCCUCCUGCUGCUGUGCCUUGCCUCAUUGAUCUCAAUCUACCAGCACCUGUUGAUGAAUAGGGAGAAAGAAAAUGUUGAAACCAAAAUCCUUUUUUUUUUUUUUUAUGUUUUGCUUUUCAUCAUUUUGAAGCAUCUUCUGUUGUUGAGGUAGCUGAAUGUCUCUGGAGUUCUGAAAAUGUCUUGUCUUUAUCCCCUUAUGAUGAAAGCAAUUACAAGGUACAGACAAGUGGGUAA